GGCGCAUUGCUUUCUCAAGGGGACAAGGAGAGAAUUAAGAGCCCUUAAUGGCGGCGGCGCUGAGGAGGCUGUUACACGGGGCGGAAGUGGAGCGGGCCCGGCCUGAGCCCGAGCCUCCUCCGCCACCGCCGUGGGGUGUGGAGGGUCGCAGGUGCCCGCGGCAUCGCAGCGGAGGCGGAGGCGGAGGCGGCAGCGAGAGAACGGUUCGGGCCGGCUAUGGCUGCUCUCAGGAGCACUCCCCUUAUCCUGGAUAUGGUUCGCAUUACUGGAAUUCAUCUUCCAGAACUCCCUACCCAAGCCCGUAUUCUGUUGGACCAGAGCUCCAAGGCCAGGGAAUUGAUCCUUCCUACACAAAUGGUGUUUAUGGCACUCCAUACUCUGCUCCUGGGACUGGACCACCAUAUUCCAAUAUCCCACAAUCAAAUGCCUACUAUUCCUCAGGGCAUCCUCAUGCACCAUAUUCCACAGAAUCUCCCAAUGUAUAUAGAUCACCAUCACCAGCUUCUAACUGGAACUACCCACCACCAGACUGCCCAGCUGAAGGUUCCAUGGUGAGGAGGCAAAUACCAGGAUAUUCUCCUUCACAGACACCGAACUUUCCAGUCCCACCCUAUCCGUAUGGCGACUGCAAUCACAGCAUUCCACAACAGAGGCCCCCACCAACACCUCAGCCAAGACUUCAGGAUACAGACUGGAGACCUCCUCUCCAGUAUGGAAUGCAUCCUCCGUAUGGUUGGUCUCCUUCAUCAACAGGACAUGGGAAUCAAUAUGUUGCAGAAUCCUCUCCUCCAUGGCCUCCUAGUGGAGUAUCUGCUCCCCAUGCUCCAAAUAACAAUGCAAAGGACUCUUAUAACCAAUUGGAGCAAGGAAGUAACCAGCAGGGCUACUUUUCUGAAGCCAGUAUCCUGCCUUCUGGGACCAUGAAUGAUUACAAGCCGGCACAGUUUGAUACUAAGCCAUCUGCUUCCAACCCCAAAGUGCAGUAUAGUGCGCAGCCCCAGCUGUAUGAUAAUGUACAUAGGAAACCAUCUGUGACUGCUGACCAUGGACCAGGAUCUAAAACCAGUAUUCAGACUCCACCAGAAACACCAGAUGUGCCAUCAGGCAUACAAAAGGUUAUGCAAGUUAUGGAGGGGGUUGAGCAGUUGGAGGAGGAGGUGGAUGAAUUUGUAGGGAAAAAAACAGACAAGGACUACUGGCUGCUGGAGGAAAUGCUGACCAAGAAGUUGUUGGAGCUGGACUCUGUGGAGACUGGUGGUCAGGACAAUGUACGGCAGGCAAGGAAAGAGGCCGUUUACAGAAUCCAGGCCAUACUGGAAGAACUGGAAAGAAAGGGGCUUUAAUGUAGGUAAGAAUCCUAAGGCCUCCAGUCUUUGAAUGCCCAGAGAUAUCUAGCUUUGUCCGAUUCUCAGCCCUCUUCACCACCCAAAGCAAUAAGUGGGGACUUGCAUUUUAAUUUUAAAGUAACACCACUGGUUAGUUGGUUGUGACUGAAUGACGAUUUCAAACCCAAAGUUCUUGGUGAUCUUACCAAUGAAUGCAGGAGAAGGGA